AUGCCGGCGACGGAGAGGCUGUUACCGGGAUUUCGGUUCCACCCGACGGAAGAAGAACUGCUUGAUUUCUAUCUCAAGAACGUGGUUUUUGGGAAGAAGCUCCCUUUCGAUAUCAUCGGCUUCCUUAACAUCUACCAUUACGAUCCUUGGGACUUACCUGGGUUGGCUAAGAUUGGGGAGAGAGAAUGGUAUUUCUUUGUGCCGAUAGACAGGAAGCAUGGCAACGGUGGAAGGCCUAACCGUACCACCGAACAUGGGUUUUGGAAAGCCACGGGUUCUGAUCGUCACAUCAGAAGCUUAUCCAACCCAAAGAGGCUUAUUGGCCUAAAAAAGACCCUUGUCUUCUACAUGGGCAGAGCUCCUCGUGGGUCUAAGACUGAUUGGAUCAUGAACGAGUAUCGUAUGCUCAAUUCCUCGUUCAAAUCAUCUUUAUUUAAGGACGACAUAGUAUUGUGCAAGAUUUAUAGGAAGGCAACUUCCUUUAAAGUGUUAGAGCAAAGGGCAACCAUGGAGGAAGAGAUGAAGAUACAAGAAACCUCUUUGACAUCUUCACCCAUGACCAUGGAUGCUGAAAUUUCAAUGUUCGAGCAACAAGAGUGCUUUGCGACGCCAACCUUAGCAUGGGAUAUUCUAUUGAAGGCCGAAGAAGUAGUAGUAGAAGAAGAAGAUAAUGAACAAAGGUAG